AUGGACAGCUGGCCCUGGCCGUCGGGCGGCGCCUGGCUGCUCGUGGCGGCCCGUGCGCUGCUGCAGCUGCUGCGCUCAGACCUGCGUCUGGGCCGCCCGCUGCUGGCGGCGCUGGCGCUGCUGGCCGCGCUCGACUGGCUGUGCCAGCGCCUGCUGCCCCCGCUGGCCGCACUUGCCGUGCUGGCCGCCGCCGGCUGGAUCGCGUUGUCCCGCCUGGCGCGCCCGCAGCGCCUGCCGGUGGCGACUCGCGCGGUGCUCAUCACCGGCUGUGACUCUGGUUUUGGCAAGGCGACGGCCAAGAAGCUCGAUGCCAUGGGCUUCACGGUGCUGGCCACAGUGUUGGAUUUGAAUAGCCCUGGUGCCCUAGAGCUGCGUGCCUGCUGUUCUUCUCGUCUAAAGCUGCUGCAGAUGGACUUGACCAAGCCAGCGGACAUUAGCCGCGUGCUGGAGUUCACCAAGGCCCACACCACCACCACCGGUCUGUGGGGUCUGGUCAACAAUGCGGGCCAGAACAUCCUCGUGGCGGAUGCAGAGCUGUGUCCAGUGUCCACGUUCCGCAGCUGCAUGGAGGUGAACUUCUUCGGUACACUCGAGAUGACCAAGGGCCUCCUGCCACUGCUGCGCCGUUCCAGCGGUCGCAUCGUGACUGUGAGCAGCCCGGCAGGAGACAUGCCAUUUCCGUGCUUGGCUGCCUAUGGGACCUCCAAAGCAGCCUUGGCGUUGCUCAUGGACAAUUUCAGCUGUGAACUUCUGCCCUGGGGUGUCAAGGUCAGCAUCAUCCAGCCUGCCUGCUUCAAGACAGAGUCAGUGAAAGAUGUGGACCAGUGGGAAGAGCGCAAGCGGCAGCUGCUGGCCAACCUGCCUGGAGAGCUGCUGCAGGCCUACGGUGAGGACUACAUCGAGCACUUGAACGGGCAGUUCCUGCAUUGUCUGAGCCAUGCACUGCCAGACCUCAGCCCGGUUGUAGAUGCCAUCACCGACGCGCUGCUGGCGGCUCAGCCAUGCCGCCGCUAUUACCCAGGCCAUGGCCUGGGGCUCAUGUACUUCAUCCACUACUACCUGCCUGAGGACCUGCGGCGCCGUUUCCUGCAGUCCUUCUUCAUCAGCCCGUACGUGCCCAGAGCACUGCAGCCUGGCCGGCCUGGCCUUACCUCUGCCCGGGAUGUAGCCCAGGUCCCAGGCCCUAAACCGUGCCCGUCCCCCACUGCCCAAUGAGCAGUGCGUGUGUACAGCUGCUCCGGCAGAGUUGAUCUCUUGGUCCUCCCCUGGGCAUUCUGAGCCCCAGAGCCUGGCCUAACGGACCCCACCCCCGCCUGCUGCCAAUGUCCCAGGCCAGGCCUGGCGAGGCUAACGCUUCCCCGUGCACCUCCAGGCCUCUCCUGACUCAUGAGCCCAGACUGACCCUCCUGGGCGCAAGGCUCCGCCCCGCAGCCUGGAGAACCCAGCUGGGUGGGGAGUUUAGUGCAAGACUUAGCUGUAGCCUUUGACAGGAUCCUGCAGACCGUGCCUCUGCAAACUAAGGAGUGACUGGGUAGGUUGGGGACCCCCUCAGGAUUAUUUCUUGGCACCAGUGCCUCAGUGCUGCGAUUUGCAGGGUGAAUCCCAGGUGUUUCUUGACUGGCUCAAGAAUUAGGGUGCUGACCGCCCACCUCAAGCCCCCCAAGACGCAGGGAGGCUGCAUACUUUACUUGCCUGAUUGCCACUUUUUGAAUAAAGACAAAUUUUU